AUGCACGUAACUUUGAAGAUUAGCAUCACAGUGUGGGCCGCCAGGAAUGCCGGAUCCCAGCCCCACAGGGUCUUCGCAUGCCUCCAACCUCCCCGAUUCUCACAUCCAUACCGCCAAGUAGGGGCUCGGUUCAUGCGCGUGGAUGUGGAUUUGCGUGUAAUAGAUGAUGCAGCUGAUCAGCGUACUUGCCUCAUCUGUGGGGACCGUGCCACGGGCCUGCACUAUGGCAUCAUCUCCUGCGAGGGCUGCAAGGGCUUCUUCAAGCGCAGCAUCUGCAACAAGCGCGUGUACCGCUGCAGCCGCGACAAGAACUGCGAGAUGUCCCGCAAGCAGCGCAACCGCUGCCAGUACUGCCGCCUGCUCAAGUGUCUGCAGAUGGGGAUGAACCGGAAAGCAAUCAGAGAGGAUGGCAUGCCAGGAGGGAGGAACAAAAGCAUCGGGCCUGUGCAGAUCACAGAAGAAGAGAUAGAGCGGAUCAUGUCGGGGCAGGAGUUCAAGGAGGAGGCCCCGGAGCACGCUUGGGGCAACAACGGCGACAGCGACCACAGCUCCCCCAGCAAUGGAGUUUCAGAGGGCAAUCAGCCAUCGCCAGCCUCCACUCUGUCAUCCAACCGCUCGGUGGAAAUGAACGGCUACACCGCAGCCCUCAGGGAGCAGUACAUCAACAGCUCGGUGUCGACACACUACCAGCUCCUACCUCACCUGUUCAGCUACACCACCCAGUCCGGCCUUCUCACCCCCCAGCCCCGCAGCCUCUACCCCCAGUCCCAUCCCUUGGUGCUGCAGCUCCUGGCGGCCGAGGACCUCUCCCACCUGACCACACCCAUGCUCAUAGAAGAUGGGUACAAGGUGACGCAGGUGGAGUUGUUCGCCCUGCUGUGCCGCUUGGCCGACGAGCUGCUCUUCCGCCAGAUCUCCUGGAUCAAGAAGCUGCCCUUCUUCUGCGAGCUCUCCAUAGAGGACUACACCUGCCUGCUCAGCUCCACCUGGCAGGAGCUCAUCCUCCUCUCCUGCUUCACCAUCUACAGCGCCCAGAUCUUUGGGGAUCUGGCGGACGUCACAGCCAAGUACACCCCGUCUGACGACGAGCUCCAGGGCUUCAGCGAAGAUGGCAUGGAGGUGAUGGAGAGAUUGAUAUACCUGUUUCGGAAGUUUCACCAGUUGAAGAUCAGCAACGAGGAGUACGCUUGCAUGAAAGCCAUCAACUUCCUCAACCAGGAUAUCCGGGGGCUGUCCAACAUCUCCCAGCUGGAGCAGCUGAACAAGCGCUACUGGUAUGUGUGCCAGGACUACUCGGAGUACAAGUACCCGCACCAGCCCAAGCGCUUCCCCGAGAUCAUGAUGUGUCUGCCGGAGAUCCGCUGCAUCGCAGGGAAGUUGGUGAACGUCCCCCUGGAGCAACUCCCCCUUCUGUUCAAAGCAGUCUUGCACUCCUGCAAAUCCAGCCUGACCAGCUACAGGACCGGCCCGCUGCCCUGCCUAACCACCUCAUCCGGAAACUAA